CGAUGCUACUUACUCUAUGGUGUUGUGGUUGUUUGUGGUUUGUGCAGCAUGAAGGUUCUUAUCGGAGGAGGCAGUGGGUUCAUUGGUCAGUCACUGUCAAAGCUACUAAACAGCAGAGGUCACAAAGUCACCAUUGUCUCCCGAAGGCCUGGAAAGGGAAGGAUUACAUGGGAAGAUGUCUCCAAAAUAGGGCUCCCACCAUGUGACGCAGCAGUGAAUCUUGCGGGGGAAAAUGUUCUGAACCCAUUAAAGCGGUGGACAGAGAAAUUUAAGCAGGAGGUUAUCUCCAGCAGAAUUGAGACAACCCGCACUCUGACCCAGGCCAUCAGCAAAUCUCCAAACCCCCCACAAUCCUGGAUUUUAGUUACUGGAGUGGGAUAUUACCCACCAAGUCAAACACAUCAGUACUCUGAAGAGAGUCCUGGGGGAGAUGCAGAUUUCCUCUCACGUCUAGUGAGAGAUUGGGAGCAAGUAGCAGAACUGUCCCCCUCAAAUAGCAAAUCCAGUACACAGCUGGUGCGGGUGCGCUCAGGUGUUGUAUUAGGACGAGAUGGGGGUGCGCUGCCUUCCAUGCUGUGGCCAUUUCGCUUGUGUCUGGGGGGCCCUAUUGGAUCUGGAAAUCAGCCAUUUCCUUGGAUUCACAUUGAAGACUUAUGCCGACUUCUGUGUCAGUGUAUUGAGCAAGGGGGAUGCAGUGAGGCUAUCCUAAAUGCAGUGUCACCCUCCUCUGUUAAAGACACUAAUAGUAACUUUACACAAGCUCUAAGCAGGGCCCUGGGGCGCCCAGCAAUCCUGCCUGUACCAGCCCUAGCUGUUAAGGCUCUUUUUGGGGAGGACAGAGCACCAAUGUUACUUGAGGGACAGAGAGUUGCCCCACAAAGGACACUGCAGAGUGGAUUCACCUUUCUGUAUCCAGACCUUAACUCUGCCCUUGCUGACCUUUUGAGAUGAAGUACUAUGCACUUCCUACCAUCAUCAUUAUGGCAUAAAUGUGCUCUAUGCUGCUUUGUAAAUGGAUUGUAUUAGUAAAGACCGAAAUAGACAAUUAUAACAAAUACAUUAUGAAUUCAGCUGAUGCUUUGCUGUCUUUUCUCUACAAUAUCCAGAUCCCCUAUAGGAGUUGUGCAACAGCUGCAGUACUGCAAUUUUUGUCCAACUAGGCAUGAUAUUUUGCACAUGGGGGGUGAUACCUAAGGUAGAGUUAGUUGGUAUAAGUGGUGGUGUGCAGAUAUGAAAAUUGGUAUCUAAUGUGCAAUAGCCAUAAUUGUAUUAGUCUUUUACACACAGUAAUGUUUUAAAGUAAUACUGCCACUAAAAACUACUCUUCGAAAUAUUAAUAUACAUGAAAAAUUACCUAUAGGUCAUGUUGAUCAUUUUUAACUGAUAGGGCUACUUUUAUAAGUACCGUAUAUACUCGAGUAUAAGCCGAUCCGAAUAUAAGCCGAGGUACCUAGUUUUACCCAAGAAAACUGGAAA